AUGGCAUUCGAUUCCUCAAAUGGGCUGCCACCUGAUCUGGCCCAUGGCGACAACAACCACCCCACCUCCGAUGCUGCCGAUAAAUCUUGGCAGUCUGCCGGCCGACAGACGCCCGACAACGACCACAAGCUGAGGCUCACAAAUUCAAAUCCAGGCCCCGCCUCACUGCCUGGCUCCUUACCCGCUGAACCCCCCUGGAACGACGAGCCGCCUCGUAAGAGCAGCGAGAGGAACAGGUCGCGUCAGAGAAAUGGACGCUCUGCCAGUGGUCAGAUACGAACCUGCAAAAAGUGCGGCGAGCCUUUGACCGGCCAGUUUGUUCGUGCUCUCGACGGCACAUUUCACCUCGACUGCUUCAAGUGUAGAGACUGCGGCGAGAUAGUAGCUUCGAAAUUCUUCCCCGCCGAUGAUGACGACGGUGAGGGUCAGUAUCCCCUCUGCGAAACCGACUACUUCAGACGCCUCGGUCUCCUUUGCUAUCAGUGCGGCGGUGCCUUGCGCGGUUCAUACAUAACGGCUCUGGACCGCAAAUAUCACGUCGACCACUUCACCUGCUCCAUGUGCGAUACCGUAUUCGGCGCCCAAGACAGCUAUUACGAACACGACGGCAACGUAUACUGCCACUACCAUUACUCCACCAGAUUCGCCCAAAGAUGUAAUGGCUGCCAGACUGCCAUUCUAAAGCAAUUCGUCGAAAUUUUCCGUAAUGGUCAGAACCAGCACUGGCAUCCCGAAUGCUACAUGAUUCACAAGUUUUGGAAUGUUCGCCUCGGCCAGCCUUCAGAUGAUCCUCAACUGCCUCUCGACUUGACCGAUCCUGCUGACAGAGAACUCAUUCGUGCCGACGAAGAGCGCAUGGAAGACAAAGUAUACCGUAUAUGGAGUGUCUUGUCUACGUUUGAGGAAUCGUCUGCAGCCUGCAUCUCAGAUAUGCUGCUCCAUGUCAGCAACGGUUCCUAUGUCGAUGGUGUGCUCGUGGCCAAGCGCUUCAUAUGGCAUGUCGAGAUUCUCUUCCGUUCGGCCGACAGAUUGGAUCAGCUCAUUACUCAGAAAUCUGAAAAGGGCAAGUUGCUCACAACAUCUCUACAGGCUAGUUUGCUAACAACACUAGGCAUGUCAUAUGGCCGCGAGGCGAAGCUGCUUUGCAAAAAGAUUGUGUCCUUCUUCUCUCUUUUGUCAAAGACGCAAGAUGCCGAUGCGCGCAAGCUUGGUGUCACCCAGGAACUCCUCUCACUCGUCACCGGUUUGGCACACUAUCUAAAGCUUCUGAUUCGCAUAUGUCUGCAGGGCGCCUUGCGGUUCGAGCGCGAUACGCAAGACAGCGACGGUCUCCACCAAUUCCUCGACGAUCUCAAUGACUUUGAAUCCUUCAAAAAUGACGAAACAGCCAACAUGAUAGAUAGCCGACUCGCUGCCAAGGACUCGGACCACUGCGGUGUUUGCAGGCGAUCUGUCGAGGAUGAAUGUGCCACCACUGGCGAUUACAGAUGGCACUUGCCGUGCAUGCGGUGUUCGAGGUGUGGUCGUGACCUUGGCCGUGCACUUUAUGAAGCGACCUAUAAUACAGCGGACCGCAAACUCGCAUGCACAAACUGCGCCUCUUCACAGCACCCCGCCAUAUCUCUGCCACUUGAGCAUGUCUCGAAGCUACAGCAAUAUGCGUUCCUACUCAAGGUUGCACUUGCGCGAUUACUGGAUAUUCUUCGAAACAAUGGCACGAUUCCACCUGCUCCGGGUGAAAAGCCGGCCAACGGGCUCACUGCCGACCGCCCCAGCUUUGGCGCAGACAAUCGCUCAAAGUCAUAUUCCGCGGCAGGAGACAGGGAGCAUCAACGAGAGUCGACGUAUGAGAAUACGCUGAACGAGGUUCGCCGUCUUAGGAGUACGCGUCUCGAUCGUCAUCUUUCAUCUAGUGUCAGACAUGCUCGCACAUCAAGAGUCAUGGACAGCGAUGGACGUGGCCCGCGCGCUGAGUCGCCUGCCCAGGGCGACAGCAAACAUGCACCACAAAAUUCUACAGACAUGAUGUUUGGUCAGAAUGAUGCCAUUACUCUCGACGAUAUUCCCCGCAUCGUUGCAGUUGAGCAAUCAAAAGAGCAGCAGCAGCGGGAAUUAGCCCAGGAAGCCGGGCGAACCGGCUUGGCCGACACCGGUAUAUCUAACCGUCAUCAGAGAACUUUGUCUGCUAGUCAAAAUCAGGAUGUGCGAGCUCCUGACCCUCUUCAGACGAGACUAGUACGCAAGUUCUUCCCAGAACUCUCUGCCCUCGAAUACUGCAAUGUUAGGCAUUUGGCUGUUCUCACGAUGCAGCCCAUGCUCGAGUCCGAGUUUAGCCUUGAUGAGCUGUCGUCAUUUAUCGAAACAAGGAAACAGGUUACAUUCUGGAAGAACUUGGGCAAGGCUUUCAAGAACGACAAGAACAGGAACAUGAAGAAGAAGGGUGUCUUUGGCGUGCCUCUCGAGGUCAUCAUUGAACGAGACGGUGCCGAAUCAACGGACG